AUGAUGGUCCAACACUCAGGCCAGGUAUCUGCAUUAGAAGUCAGCGCCUCCGCAAUUGUUCCCACUUUGUCCCCUGCAGGGUCACUAGGGUUUGAUGAUUUCACAAAUUUAACCCCACUGGUGAAAGAGGAACUGAGGUUUGCCAUUCAGAACAAGCGUCAGUCCCACAGGAUGUCUUCUGCACUGGACACGGUGACAGUUUCUGAAAGGCCAGUUGAAACAUCAAUCAUGAAAACAGAGUUUUCUCCCGAAGAGGAUGAAAGAAAAAAGCGAAGAAGGGAAAGGAACAAAAUUGCUGCUGCAAAGUGCCGAAACAAAAAGAAGGAAAAAACAGAAUGUUUGCAGAAAGAAUCAGAAAAGCUGGAAACUAUCAAUGCGGAAUUAAAAGCCCAGAUUGAAGAGCUAAAGAAUGAGAAGCAGCAUUUGAUAUACAUGCUAAAUCUUCACAGGCCCACUUGUAUAGUUCGGGCACAAAAUGGAAGGACACCUGAAGACGAAAGGAAUCUUUUUAUUCAACAGAUCAAAGAAGGCACAUUACAAGGUUAAGUACUAUGGCAAACAUGGAAAUAUCAUUUUUAACAACUACCAGAAUGCAUGGAGGAUCUGACGUAAUGUGUAGGAUUCUAUUAGUCAAGAGCCUUUAGGAAGAGCAGAUUGCUUUCUUCAGCAGAAAGAAUAAUUUUGGCUUGACAGUGAUUCUUCCCCUUGGAAGAUCUGGUCUCAAUCAAACUGAAGAGUCUUCUGCCUCAAAUAUAGGUUUUGCACCUGUCAUACUUGCUGUUCCUAGGAGCUACAGACAACAGCUUCAGAAGUUUUAGGUCUCUGCUAGUAUACAGUAUCUGCACUCACAACAUUUGUGCUAGAACACUAUGACUUCUGAUGAUGCACAUGGUACAGACAGCUGUGCUGGAUGGACACUACUUCUCCUUGUUACCGGUAGGGAAAGCAGACAGUGUUUUUAAAGCUUCAGAGUUUCCAAGAGGAUGGUUUCUGGCAGAAUGUACUGAUACAUAAUGCUGCA